AAACCAGGUUUGCCUGUGUGUUGUAAACUUUUCGGGACGUCGGACGCGUUUUGUUGUGUUGCUGUUUCGUAGAAUUGUUUGAGCGUGUUUUAUCCCUGCCCGAAAUAGCACGGGUGGAGUGGGCGUUGCAGAAAAGAAGUGGCCCGAUUGUCGGAGCCUUAGCAUAGACCCCGGAGUGCACCGUGUGCCGAAUAACCGCCCACCCAACCGCCGUUGGUGGUCCAGCUGCUUCGGGUGGCAUCUGGAGUGUGGAUGGAAAAAUGUGCCAGCGAGCGAUGCUGAUGUUGCCAGAACGCAUCAUCCUGCCGCACACUGCCAUUCCCGCCAGCAACAGUAACGUACCUCAGCGACAGCAGCGAUCGGUUGGAUCGGAUUGCUCACGCCCAUCCGUCCAUGACCAGGUACGACCGGUACAGCUUGUCGUCCGACCAGCAGCAGCAGCAGCAGCACCAGCAGCAACAGAAGCAAAAGGAACAGAAUCGCCAGGAGCUAGGGGACGUGAUCCUCGUCGGCAGCACGGCGAUGACUGACGAGGAGUUGCUGCUGCUCGAGCGUGCCAACGCCGAACGCGAUGAGAUAUUUCUGCGCUACGACCAGGGACGCAAAUGCGACAGUAUCGAUGCGUGGGAGGAUCCACUGUUCGAAGUUUACACGCAAGCGGAUCGGUACGGGUUUCUGCAUCCCGUUGCACCGAAACAGUCCAAAGAGGCGGAGCUGCUGCAUCACAAGAUCGAGAUGGAACGGUUGAAGAAGUGGGUAAAGAUGGACAAAAACUGGGACGGUGCGGCGACGAAGAAAAAUCUCCCCCGGCGCAUCAUGAAGGGUAUACCGGAUCGCAUGCGUUCGGCGAUCUGGCGCAAACUGCUCGACCUCGAUCGUCAGAUACGGGAGAACGUGGGUAUGUACGAGCGGAUGUUGCAGUGUGCCCGGCAGCACAGUCCCGACAUACGGCAGAUCGAUUUCGACGUGAACCGACAGUUUCGGAACCAUCUGUUCUACCGCGAGCGGUACAGCGUAAAGCAGCAGAGCUUGUUCCGCGUGCUGGCCGCUUACAGUAUGUACAAUACGGAGAUCGGCUACUGCCAGGGUAUGUCGACGGUCGCCGCCGUGCUGCUGAUGUACUUCGACGAGGAGGACACGUUCUGGGCGCUGGAUGUGCUGAUGACCAGCCCACGGUACGCCAUGCACGGUCUGUACAUUGUGGGCUUCCCGAAGUUGAUGCGAUUUCUGGCGCACCACGACCGGAUCCUUACGAAGUGUAUGCCUUCGCUGAAGAAGCACCUGGACAAGCACGAGGUGCAUUCCGUGCUCUACUCGCUGAAAUGGUUCUUUGUCAUCUUCAUCGAACGGAUACCUUUUAGCCUGUGUUUGCGGGUGUGGGACAUCUAUAUGAUGUUUGGCGAACGUGUACUUACGGUCAUGGCGUACACCAUACUAAAGAUACACAAAUCCAAGCUGCUUCGGAUGAAGGACAUGGAUCAGGUGACGGAUUUCUUGCAGACAUCGUUGCACAAACAGUUCGGCUAUGAUGACGAUCAUGUGAUAAAGGUUCUCCAGAGUUCGAUGGAUGAGCUGAAGAAGUUGAAGCUGCUAAAUUUGCCACCCGCCUCUGCCAACGAGCUUCCAACGGUGCCACGGGGCCAAACCGUGGUGGAACCAUCGGCACAGGCGAAGAUCGGCCACCGUAAUGAACAGUUUUCCGAGCGAGAGAUUGCACUGAAGGAAACGGUGCUGUAUCGCAGCGAAUCGAAGAACGAGGAGGAGGAGGACGACGACGAACAGUACAAUAACGGUCGUGCUGGUGGUGGUGGUGCUGCUGCAACGGCGGCGGACGACGAGGACGAGGACGAACGGACGGAGAAAGAUUACGAUGAUAUUACGGAAGAUACUGUGAGCCAGCUGCAUACCGGCGUUAGUACCGGCUCGUUGCGUACAAUCCAGAGUUUCACCACGUUCGACACGGGCACCUCGUUGGCGACCAGCUUAAAUUCCCUCGUCAUCAUCGACUCGAUCGAUGACUAUUGUGAUAACGAUAGAAUUAUCGAAGAAAGUACUCGCCUGUAGGAAAGUAAACUGUUUAGCGCACUGUUGCCCUGUUGCUGGCCAACCCACUGUUUGCCUCGCCACCUUACCCGUAAACGACGGAUCCGAGGGACGCGCCCACUAAUACUCAAAAUAAACCCGCUCGUUGGUCGGAUAAUGCGCUCCAGCAAAUCAAGCAACCGGCUCCAUGUCUACGUUUCCAUCGCAGCAACCAUUGGCGGUUGAAAAACCAAAAAAAAAAAGCACUUCCACACUUGGCUCACCCAUUUCGGUCAUUCGAUUUCAGUCUGUCGGUAGUGGCGGAAGCAAAAUUUUAAGAGUCUUUAGCUUUUGGGUCCAAAUUCUUAGUGAAACACUCAAUUGUACCGAAGGAAAGAAAGUCACCAAACCGCUGCGAAACAUGUACCGAAUUGUAAGAGAAACCAUCGGCCAUCUGGGAAUGCUGCCGAAAGUCGUGCGGCCCAUGUCAUCGAAAGCCUCCAGGAACGGUGCCGGUAGCGAGAAGUGUAGGCAGAAGAUUUGCGAGGAUCGUGCCCGCGAUUUGGGCGCGUUCGAAGGUACGGUCCCGGAACGGUUGCACGUGGUCAGUCCGCAGAUGUGGCGCCCAUGCCCGGACCCACCGAAACCACGUGAAUUUAGCUGUGACGAUGUGGCGCUGCUGAACAUGCCGCGCCGAAAGCGAGACCCGGUGCUGAAGAAGAGCAGCUGUACCACGCCCGCGCCUAGCAUCGAGGCGCCGGAGUGUAUCAAAAUUAAGGAGGACCUUUGCCUGCGUGUACAGGUGCCCGGUUGCGGUAAGGUAAAGUUUCCGCCGAAAUGUGAGGCUGCCUUACCGAUACGGGACUGUGUGCGGAAGCGCCCGCCAGUACCGUCGUUUUCCGAAGCGUACAAAAAUCCGUUCCCACCGCUACCGAUCUCGGAAUGUAUGUGUUACAAUGCGACGAAAGUGUGCUAAUGGCCGGUUGGACGACGAUGGAAGGAAAUAAAGCAUGAAUGGUUUCGGAUUUGUGGCUGAUUAAA